AUGAAAUCAUUGAUAGGUAAACAAGUAGUAGUAAGGUUAAAAUGGAAUAAAACAGAAUAUAAAGGACAAUUGAUGUCAACAGAUAAUUAUCUAAACUUACAAUUGGAUGACACAUACGAAAUAAUCUACGAUAAAGAUGAUAACAAGAGAGAAGAAUUGAUUGGUAGUAUAUUCAUUAGAUGUAAUAAUGUUCUAUUUAUACGAGAAUUUAUCAAUAGCGAUGGUAGUAAAGUUAUACCGAAAGGUCCAAGAGCAACAACUGAAACGACCGCUACUGAGUCUACAUCGGUUGAUACAGAUGGGAAUGUUGAAAAGAAGACUGAGGUCGUUGAAGAAGUAGAAAUGAAGGAGUAA